GUUGACUGACACCACCUCGAACGGAAUCUCAAACGGUCAAGAAGGAAAGAAAGAAAGUUAAAGAAGACAACAAGUGAAGCAUUCAUCGAUUCAUCAUCGACAUAAUUCCAAUUGAAACACGAAAUACACUUAACUACUUCAUCACCAUCACCAAUCAUCAAUCACCAAGAACAACAAUCAAUCAUCAUCCAAUUAACAAGCAACAACAACAGCUCAUAAUUUAUUUUAACUUCAGUACUUCAUCAUAUUCAAUCUACAAAUCUAGAUAAUUUCAAAUCAACACUAUCCAUCAACUUAUAACUUCAACUCAUUCGAUAUUAUCAUUUACCUAUCUGAUUCUUAAUCGACAUGGGUAACAACCCUUCAAAGAAGCUCAAGACUAAGUUCAGAGACCGAGAUUCAAAUGAUGAUCCUGACUCUUCUAACUUCCAUCAAACUCAAAACGAGCCUUCCUCUCUCUCUGCGAAUCGAAAGUCAGCUUAUAUUGAUCCUUCAAUGAUUCAUCGCACACAUGAUUCAAUCACAUCACUUCCUUCCCUCGAUCAAGCUGGCCCAUCAAAACCUGCACUCACUGCUUCUGGUAAUGAACAAUCAACUGAUUCUUCCAAUGAACCUUCCACCAUUCUCUCCACCUCGAAUCACCUCACAGGCCCUGUGGGUAACAACAUCAAAGCUUUACCUGCCAGUAUCGGUACAGCUAAUACACAAGCUCAAACAUUUGAUAUCGAUGAGAUGAUCACUCGUCUCUUGGAUGUUGGAUAUAGUACCAAGAUCACCAAAUCGGUCUGUUUGAAGAAUGCUGAGAUCACUGCAAUUUGCUUAGCUGUUCGAGAAGUCUUCCUUAGUCAACCUACACUCAUCGAACUCAGUCCUCCAGUCAAGAUUGUAGGCGAUGUACACGGUCAAUACAGUGACUUGAUUCGAUUGUUCGAGAUGUGCGGCUUUCCUCCAUCCGCUAAUUAUCUCUUCCUAGGAGAUUACGUCGACCGUGGCAAACAGAGUCUCGAGACAAUCUUGUUAUUGUUGUGUUACAAGAUCAAAUAUCCUGAAAACUUCUUUCUUCUGAGGGGUAAUCAUGAAUGUGCAAACGUUACAAGAGUUUACGGAUUCUAUGACGAAUGCAAGAGGAGAUGUAACAUCAAGAUCUGGAAAACGUUUAUUGAUGUGUUCAACUGUCUACCGAUCUCAGCUGUAGUAGCAUCUAAAAUCUUUUGUGUUCAUGGAGGACUCUCACCUUCACUUUCGAACAUGGAUGAUAUUCGAAGGAUUCAAAGGCCAACCGAUGUACCUGAUUAUGGUCUCUUGAACGAUUUACUUUGGUCUGAUCCUAGUGAUACAGCUACGGAUUGGGAAGAUAAUGAACGUGGAGUGUCUUAUUGUUUUGGCAAGAGUGUGAUUGGUGAUUUUUUGGCUAGGCACGAUUUUGAUUUGAUUUGUCGUGCACAUAUGGUAGUAGAAGAUGGGUACGAGUUUUGGAAUGAGAGGACAUUGGUCACCAUCUUUUCUGCACCCAAUUAUUGUGGAGAAUUUGAUAACUUUGGAGCCGUGAUGAGUGUUUCAGAAGAUUUGCUAUGCGCGUUUGAAUUAUUGAAACCAUUGGAUGGAGCUGCCCUAAAGAAGGAGAUGUUGAAGAAACGGCGUCAGAGGUGA